AAAUGGCCUCAACAUCCGGUGUUCUAUUCGGCUCAUCAUGACAAAUGGCUCAACGAGCAUGCGGACACGCUGAUUCCACGUGAUGCACGUUUGUUCUACAACGAGGAGGAUUGGAAUAAAUUCAAAUACAUGACAGCUACGGCUAAGCAGCCUGGGUUGGCUAUCACAGAUCUGUUUAACGCAAAUUGUCGCGCAUUCUCCGAGCCAGCACGUCUAUCCCGGGGAGGAAAAAAGCCGUAUACGGACAUGAAAUUUUAUUUCUAA